ACUGGGAAUAAAGUGUGUGUGAGGUACACUGGUUCGUCCUGUCAGCGGCUGUUGCCUCCACGGGAGCUGGCACGGGGAUUACCUGUUGGCAGGUAGCAUUGUUGUGCUACAGGCUAGGACAUGGAUUUCCAAUAAAUGCUGAAACUGGUGAGAAAAGACGUGAAUGGAGCCUGGUUGACCUACUUAAGCUUUAGAGCAAGUGGUUCUGAUUAGCUUGAGCAAAAAGAGGUUUGGGGUUGCCCUGGAGUUUCUGCUGGUUUGGAUAGGAAGGCCGAUUGAUUAUCAAUUUCAUUAACGAAUGAGAUAUUGAUAAAAUAUUUAAAAGCACAUCGCCAUCUUUAACUCUUUGUUCCUUGCUUUGGCUCUUCAGUGUGUAAUUUCAUAUUAAGCCUCUGUCUCUUUUUUUGGUCUAUUCUUUCUGAUAAACACGAAAAGACUUUUGUUUCAGAGCAGGAACACAGCCCCAAGCAGCAUUGUUGCAUCUGUUGUAGUAAUCUCGGAGGAGCACUUUAUGCAAAGCGUUGUAGUAGAGACUGAGGGAGGACCUGGAACAACGAAUAGAUGCAGGAAGGUUCCUUGUCUCCGGAGAGCUGCCGUCUGUGGAGAGGCUGAGGGGACGUCACCUUCUGACGGAGUCCGGGUGCUGCUGGCCUUGCCAUCUUACAGUUGAGGACGUCUGAGCUCACGGGGAUGUUGAGUGCCUCCCUCCCAGGUGAUUUGGAGUUCCAUGGAGUGAUGAGAUUUUAUUUUCAAGAUAAAGCUGCUGGGAACUUUGCAACAAAAUGUAUCCGGGUCUCCAGUACCGCCACCACUCAGGACGUGCUGGAGACGCUCGCGGAGAAGUUCCGCCCUGACAUGCGGAUGUUGUCAUCGCCCAAGUACUCCCUGUACGAAGUGCACGUCAGUGGAGAAGAAAGAAGAUUGGAUAUAGAUGAGAAACCCCUAGUUGUGCAGUUGAAUUGGAACAAGGAUGACCGAGAGGGCAGAUUUGUCCUUAAGAAUGAGAACGACGCCGUCCCUGCCAAGAAGGCUCAAAGUAACGGACCUGAAAAGCAGGAAAAAGAAGGUGUUAUCCAGAACUUCAAGAGAACCCUCUCAAAGAAAGAAAAGAAAGAAAAAAAGAAGAGAGAAAAAGAGGCCAUGAGACAGGCAUCUGAUAAAGAUGAUAGACCUUUCCCUGGGGAUGACAUUGAGAAUUCUCGACUGGCUGCUGAGGUUUAUAAAGACAUGCCUGAAACUAGCUUUACCCGAACAAUUUCUAACCCCGAGGUGGUUAUGAAACGGCGGAGACAGCAGAAAUUGGAAAAGAGGAUGCAGGAAUUUCGGAGCUCAGAUGGGCGGCCUGAUUCAGGUGGAACAUUGAGAAUUUAUGCAGAUAGUUUAAAACCAAAUAUUCCCUACAAGACGAUCCUGCUGUCUACUACGGAUCCCGCAGACUUCGCUGUGGCCGAAGCUUUAGAGAAGUACGGUCUGGAGAAAGAGAACCCUAAGGAUUAUUGCAUUGCCCGAGUCCUGCUUCCUCCUGGGGCCCAGCCUUCCGACGAACGAGGUGCGCAGGAGGCCGUCCUUGGUGACGACGAGUGUCCCUUGCAGAUCUUCAGGGAGUGGCCGAGUGACCGAGGGGUUUUAGUCUUUCAGCUGAAGAGGAGGCCCCCAGACUACGUCCCAAAGAAGAGCAAGAAGCACGUGGAUGGGAAGCCGCUGCAGGGAAAGGAGCACGCCGACGGCUCUGGCUACGGCUCUGCACUGCCCCCCGAGAAGCUGCCCUACCUCGUGGAGCUGAGCCCAGAUGGUUCCGACUCCAGAGAUAAGCCAAAGCUCUACCGCCUGCAGCUCAGCGUCACCGAGGUGGGGACAGAAAAGUUCGACGACGGCUCCAUCCAGUUGUCUGGCUCCGGCAUCCAGCCGCAUCACUGCGACCUCACCAACAUGGACGGCGUGGUCACGGUCACGCCGAGGAGCGUGGAUGCCGAGACGUACGUGGACGGGCAGCGCAUCUCGGAGACCACGAUGCUGCAGAGUGGCGCGAAGGUGCAGUUCGGGGCGUCCCACGUGUUCAAGUUCGUGGACCCCAGCCAGGACCACGCUCUGCCCCGGAGGUCCGUGGACGGAGGCCUGACGGCGAAGGGCCCGAGACAUAAGCCUGGAAUUGUUCAGGAGACAACGUUUGAUUUAGGAGGAGAUGUUCAUAGUGGCACAGCAUUGCCAACGAGCAGGAGCUCCACCAGGCUGGACAGUGACCGGGGGCCGUCUGCCGCCAGCAGCGCCGAGCGAGGGAUGGUGAAGCCCAUGGUCAGAGCGGAGCAGCAGCCGGACACGCGCAGAACUCAGGACGCUCCUGGGCCUGACCUGAUACUGCCUGCAAGCAUUGAAUUCAGGGAAAGUUCUGAGGAUUCAUUUUUAUCUGCCAUUAUAAAUUACACUAAUAGCUCUACAGUCCAUUUUAAGUUGUCACCCACAUACGUGUUAUACAUGGCGUGUCGGUAUGUAUUGUCCAGCCAGUACAGACCUGACGUCAGUCCCGCCGAACGGACGCACAAGGUGAUGGCCAUUGUCAACAAGAUGGUGAGCAUGAUGGAAGGGGUGAUUCAGGAAGUAGACCAGGUUGAUCAGAAACAGAAGAAUAUUGCAGGGGCACUUGCUUUCUGGAUGGCAAAUGCGUCUGAGCUCCUCAACUUCGUAAAGCAGGACCGAGAUCUUAGUCGAAUCACGUUGGACGCCCAGGAUGUUCUAGCACACUUGGUUCAGAUGGCCUUUAAGUACCUGGUUCACUGUCUGCAGUCAGAGCUGAAUAAUUACAUGCCAGCCUUUCUGGACGACCCCGAAGAGAACAGUCUGCAAAGACCAAAAAUCGACGACGUGCUGCACACGCUCACGGGGGCCAUGGCGCUGCUGCGCCGCUGCCGGGUCAACGCGGCGCUGACCAUCCAGCUCUUCUCGCAGCUCUUCCACUUCAUCAACAUGUGGCUGUUCAACAGGCUGGUGACGGAGCCCGAGUCGGGGCUGUGCUCCCACUACUGGGGGGCCAUCAUCCGCCAGCAGCUGGGCCACGUGGAGGCCUGGGCAGAGAAGCAGGGCCUGGAGCUGGCGGCCGACUGCCACCUCAGCAGGGUCGUGCAGGCAACCACUUUGCUUACGAUGGAUAAGUACGCACCCGAAGACAUUCCAAGUAUAAACAGUACCUGCUUCAAGUUAAACUCACUGCAGCUUCAAGCCUUACUGCAGAAUUACCACUGUGCACCCGAUGAGCCUUUUGUCCCCGCGGAUCUGAUCGAGAACGUGGUGGCCAUGGCAGAGAACACGGCCGACGAACUGGCCCGCAGCGACGGGCGGGAGGUGCAGCUGGAGGAGGACCCCGACCUGCAGCUGCCGUUCCUUCUGCCUGAAGACGGCUACUCCUGCGACGUCGUCAGGAACAUCCCCAACGGCUUACAGGAGUUCCUGGACCCUCUGUGCCAGAGAGGAUUUUGCAGGUUGAUUCCCCACCCACGUUCGCCAGGCACCUGGACCGUGUAUUUUGAAGGCGCAGAUUACGAGAGCCCCCUUCUGCGGGAGAGCACGGAACUGGCUCAGCCUCUGAGGAAAGAACCCGAGAUCAUCACUGUGACCCUCAAGAAGCAGAACGGCAUGGGACUCAGCAUUGUCGCAGCAAAGGGUGCUGGUCAAGACAAACUUGGAAUCUACGUCAAGUCCGUUGUAAAAGGAGGCGCCGCGGACGUGGACGGGCGGCUAGCCGCAGGGGACCAGCUCCUCAGCGUGGAUGGACGGAGCCUCGUAGGACUCUCUCAGGAAAGGGCCGCAGAGCUGAUGACGAGGACGAGCUCCGUGGUGACGCUGGAAGUAGCGAAGCAGGGCGCCAUCUUCCACGGCCUGGCCACGCUGCUCAGCCAGCCGUCCCCCAUGAUGCAGAGAGUUUCAGAUCGGCGAGGAUCAGGUAAACCCCGACCCAAGAGUGAAGGUUUUGAGCUCUAUAAUAAUUCAGCUCAAAACGGGUCCCCGGAGAGCCCUCAGAUGCCCUGGGCAGAGUACAGUGAGCCGAAGAAGCUGUCCGGCGAUGAGAGGCUGAUGAAGAACAGGGCCGACCACCGCUCCAGCCCCAACGUCGCAACAGAUCAGCCUCCUAGUCCUGGCGGGAGAAGCACCUGUGCCCCUGGGACAGCAGCCAGGAUAACGUCUGUCUCCACCGGGAACCUCUGCGCUGAGGAGCAGACCCCUCCACCCAGACCCGAGGCCUACCCCAUCCCCACGCAGACCUACACCAGGGAGUACUUCACCUUCCCCGCCUCCAAGUCCCAGGACCGUGUGGCUCCUCCCCAGAACCAGUGGCCUAGUUACGAGGAGAAGCCCCCCGUGCACACAGACAGUAGCCACUCCGGUACUGCAGUCCAGCGUGUGACCCGUUCCCAAGAGGAGCUGCGGGAGGAUGCGGCGUACCACCUGGAGCGGCAGAGGGUGGAGGCGGCGAUGGAGCGCAGGUCUGACGGCGGCGGCGGCGGCGACGCCUGGCCCAACCAGGGCUCCUCGCUGGGCUCCAGCACGUCCAGCCAGGAGCACCUGGGCCCGCCCUCCAAGGCGGGCACCCCCGCGUCCACGCUCACCAAGAGCGGCCCCGGGCGCUGGAAGACCCCGGCCGCCUCCCCGCCGGUGCGGACCGACGCGGCCCCGCCCCCGCCGCCCGCCGGGCUCGGCGGCGACCCGGACGGGGGCCCCGCGGACCUGCCCCUCGCGCCUGCUGCCGCCGCCGCGCAGGCGGCCGCCGAGCGCAGGAAGCGGGAGGAGCAGCAGCGCUGGUACGAGAAGGAGAAGGCGCGCCUGGAGGAGGAGCGCGAGCGCCGGCGCCGGGAGCAGGAGCGCCGGCUGGGCCAGCUGCGCGCGCCCCCGGCCCCCGCGCCGCCCGCCGCCGCCGCCGCGCGCGCCCCGGACACCGUCAUCCGGGAGCUGCAGCCCCAGCGGCAGCCGCGCACCAUCGAGCGCAGGGACCUGCAGUACGUCACGGUGGGCAGGGAGGAGCCGGCCGCGGGCGACAGCCUGUCCCCCGACCCCUGGAAGCGCGACGAGCGCGAGAAGCGGGAGAAGCAGCAGCAGCUGCACAUCGUGGACCUGCUGAGCUGCGAGAUCCGGGAGCUGCAGGGCCGGGCCGAGCGCUCGGCGGAGGAGAGCGACCGCCUGCGCCGGCUGCUGCUCGAGUGGCAGUUCCAGCGGCGGCUGCAGGAGUCGGCGCAGCGGGACGAGGACGACGACGAGGACGAUGACGACGACGUGGACACCGCGCUGCUCACGCAGCGCCUGGAGGCCGAGCGCAGGGCGCGGUUGCAGGACGAGGAGCGGCGGCGGCAGCAGCAGCUGGAGGAAGUGCGCGCGCGGGAGGCGGAGGAGCGGGUGCGGCACGAGGAGCGGCGGCGCCGGCAGGAGGACGAGCGCGUGCGGCGCGAGGCCGACGAAAAGAGGCGACAGGAGGAAGGGUAUUACAGCCGCCUGGAGGCCGAGCGCCGCCGACAGCACGACGAGGCCGAGCGCCGGCUGCUGGAGCCCGAGGAGCCAGGACUGGGCCGCCCCCCCCUCCCGCGGGGCUACGAGCCCCCGCCCCCCGGCCCGCCGCCCCCGCCCCAGCGCACUGCCUCGUACCUGCAGGCGCAGGCGCUCUCCCCCGACUCCCUGUACACCGCCAAGUUCGUGGCUUGCAACGAGGAGGAAGAGGAGGAGGAGGAGGAGGACGGCGGCCCGGCAGGACCAAACUCUUAUGUGGGAUCUGCUGGAACAUUGAUCGGCGCCCAUGACGGGUAUCGGGAUCCAAGAGAGAAACCAUCUAAAAGCCAAGACGCAGAUGUGCCUGGGGGUCCUGGGGCCCCUGAAAACCUGACAUUCAGGGAGCGCCAGCGCCUCUUCUCCCAAGGCCACGACGUCUCCAACAAAGUGAAAGCCUCUCGCAAGUUAACGGAACUGGAGAACGAGCUGAACACGAAGUGAGGAAGGCGCCUCUCCAGCCCAGGCUCUCGCUGCGCCUCCCGGAGGACGGGGCAGGUCCCUUUCCCGAGUCACUGGUGACUCCUGCUUCUAGAAGGGUUGGCAUUUGGGAGCGUUCCAGUGCUUUACUUUACCAAGAGAUUGUCAUUUCCUCUCUUUAGACACUGUCUUUUUUUCUGAAUUAUUUGACUCCCACGAAGAUAGCUUUUUUGUUAGUUUCUCUUUUAGAGUCUGGGCCUGAAAGGGCAGCGGGAGACGAUGGGAAGUUUCUUCUCCCCUGUCUUCCCCCGCGGAGCACGGAGAAGUCCUGUUUCUGUUCUUUCUCUAAAACCUUAUGUUUGCUUAUCAGACAGAAUAGCUUGAACUCCCCAGACUGUCGUUUGCACUUUGUAGCAGUUACUAUAGACUGUGCUGCAGGAGCGGCAGGUUCCACCUUUCGGGGACCACGUGGAGACGUGUGCUGAGGAGCCCAGAGCUGCGUCCUGUCCCCGCAGCCGGGGAGCGGCCCAGACCCAGGCGUCCUCGGAGUGAGCCGCUCCCUCCCGCCCCCUACAGGGGCAGCCCUCCACAUCAGCUCUAGUAUUUGAUUAAAACAGGUUUCGCCAAGAAGAAAAUUUUGAGGAUUUAAGCUUAAGAAAUUUUAUUUUUAUAAAUAUCAGAUUAUUAUUAUGCCAGUAAGUCAUUGGUGAUUUUGAAGAUGGCAGUUAAAUUAGAAGGUUAGCUAAAUGUUUCAGAUAUUCCAAGGGAAGCUAUGAAAGAGGGUAUCUUUACUGAACAGUGUUGACAUGAAUAGGAACAAAACAUUUAAGAAGAAUGAGCGCUUAGGUGACACGUGAGCACAGCUCUUGCUGAGAAAUUUAAAAUUUGAAAAAGAACUGGAUUUCCAUCAGUCUGCUGUCAGGGAAGGGAAGGGGUUUGAUUACAUAUGGCAUCUGUAAUUUAAAUACUGUAAGGAAAACUCAUAUGGCAGUUGAAGCUAUUUUUCUACACUCUGGUGGAGUUAUUUAAUUUUCAGGUGCUGAGUUAUCAGUCACCACUGUCGUUUGAGCUGUGAAUACUUGGCUGGUGUUGGGGAGACGGACCUCACUGUGUGUUAUUUUAUGUGAUGUUAAAACAGUAAAUUACUUUGUGAUUAUGAGCAGAUUUUCUAUCUGACAAGCCCUGCUGUGGGUCUAGAUGAUUUUUCUGUACCAUAUUGUUCUCUUAACCAAUAGGUGUGUUAGGAAAAUACGCACACUUUGAAGUAGAAGCGGGAGAGGCUGUCUGCCUUAGAAAUCACUUUCAUGAGAGUUGUAUGAUAAAUCAUUAAAAUGCGAGUGUAAA